UAUUUCAGUUCAAUAAUUACUUUGAUAAAAUACAUAUUUUGUUAUGUGCAAAUGGCUUUAGAUACCUAUUAGGUCGAUAAAUUACCAUAUAGCAUAUGUUCAACACAAAAAACAGUGACAAUUUGUUGUUGACAAAGGACAGCUGGAUAUAUAAAGGGCCCCAUUACCUUCAGUAGCUUAGGGCCUCAUCAAACCUAAAUCUGUCCCAGAGUGGGACCCAUUUUAUGGAAGAAGGUGCAAAAUAAAUGACUUGGAAGCGCUGCUUCCCCAUACCUAAAACCAGUUUUCCAACAUGAGGGCAAACCUUGUUAUUUUAAGGAGCAGCAAGCAAAAGUAUUGAACACCCCCGCCCCAUCUCUUUCUGCUAUUGGCCUAAUGAAACAUGCUGAGAAUAGUUCCACUGUAUAAAUAAGGUCACUCGUAUUUUUUAAGGUGUAAAUACAUUUGCAGCCUCAAAGAGAAGACUCAUGGGCGUAGACAAAGGGGGUGGGCAGGGUGGCAGCUGCCCCCCCAUCAAUAAAAAUCAAUAAAAAUACUUAGAUUCUCCCCCCCCCCAACAAAAAUCCUGGCUACGUCCUUGUCUGCAGACCGUAUGUUUUUAUCGGAAUUAAUUGCAUAUUUUAUUUUGGAAAGCAACACAUUGCAAAACCCAGAAGUAGUAUUUCAAUGCCUCCUGCCUUUGCUGCAUUUAUUAAGGAUUAAAAACAAAGCAAACAGGAAGGCUCCUCUCAUGUGUUUUGUGUAUCAACUAUAUGUAGGUAAAGCUACAAGCUAGGAGCACAGUUUUAGAAACCACAGAUCAGCAAUUUUGACAAAGCAUUUGCCAAACCCUUCUGAGAAACGCGGCCUGUUGGAAUUAGCAAUAGUAAUUCUAGACAUAUGCCAACAGAUCCAGCAGUGUUAGCAAAAAAGGGAAAACUUCUGGCUGUACAUGCUGGACACAUUAACACCACAUGACCUCAGCCUAGUGACCAGCACCCUUGAGGGAAUGAAGGCUUUCUGAGCAUCCUCAAAGGUUUCUUAACUACCACCUGUGAAACAGCAUCAUUUUUAUCAGAGCAGCUGAUGAAGGUGGAAGCCAAAACGUUUUACUGUAAAUAAAAUUAAGAUUUCUGUUUAGUCCUUGUAAUAAAUAUGUGCUACAAGAUCCAGACCAAACUUGUCUGAAGUGCUCUUUGUUGCUUUUACUCUCCCCCUCCUCAUAUUUGGUAGCCAUACCGUGGUAUCCAACUAAGUUCUGCUCAGAGUUAACCCAUUUAAAGUAAUGCCUAAGCCAUGUCAAUUAGUUCUAAUAGAUCUACUCUUGAGUAUAACAGACAUUGGCGACAGCCCAUAUUGUUGCAUCCAUCUAAGUAAAAGUCCAUUGCUUUCAACAGAUCUGCAACUUAAGUUGGAGGCCAUGCAUAUUCUGUUAAUAUUAUUACUGUUAAGAAUUCCUUUUUUAUAUAGCGAAAUUGAUUUGCAGUGGCAUUGCUAGGAGCAGGGUUUUUUUUUUAAUUAAGAGCCUCAUAAAAUACCUAUUUCUCUUUUUAAAAGGUAACAGACAUAGUGAACAAAUUCUUACUGAACAAAAGAUACUUUAUUUAGAGACCACACCUUUAAAAAAAUAAUAAUGUAUAUUUACAAUCAAAUAUAAGAUGCAAUUUAACCUUCCUAUUAAUAACAAAGCAGGACGCAGCAUCUGAAACGCCUUUUUUUUCUUCCCCAAAACAAUGACACUGUUGUGCCAGUGAAAGGUCUGAAAGCAAAUGUUUCAAAUUGAGGGCAUUUCUUUCUUGAGUGUUGACGCCUCUGCCCCAGCUCGGGCUGCCCGCCUUCCCGCAUUUGGGAAUGACUGGAAGUGGAUUGGCUGCCAGUGAGCUCAUGUAUUUAUGGAUCUCUUUCCCGCUAGUAGCAGCAACAGCAAUGUACCACGUAGGCUCCUUCCGUUCGGUGAGAUGCUGCUGUUCCCAACGCCACACUUUGUUUUUCUCUCUCCCUCUGCUGACCUGACCGUAUUAUGUUGGCUCUGCAGAAAUGUCGAGCCGCUCUUCCCUUUGCGGGUGCUAAUACCCUUUGUUGGUAGGGUUUACUGACGUCACGAGGCAAAUGGCUGAGCUCGAAGCUGGGAGCUGCUGAGUUUACGUGCUGGUUUCACCUUCGGCAGCAGCGAGCUGUUGUCACAGACAGCUAAGGCUCAUUUUCCACUUGCAGAGAAGGGAUUGCUGAAUAGGAGGAGGACGGUGGCGGAAACACCCCACAGCCGUCGACGGGGUGAAUGAAACAACCUCAGGAAAAGGAGAAAGAAUAAACCCAAGCAGCUUUGGAUUUAUAAUGCAAGCAGCUUUUGCAGGAUCCACAGUCACCUUGCUUUCCUGCUUUUGGAUUUAAGAUCAUGUCCGUUCACGUUGUAGCUUUUGGAAAUGAAAGAGGUGGCUUUUCUGAGGAUGAUCAGCAGAGGAGUCUGAUUUGGACCUAUCUUGGGAGAAGCGCUCUGGUUUCAGAGACUGACAGCAGCUUGUUGUUAAACUCUGCCAACUAUGUUAGAAAUCCCGCAUUCACCGAAUAUCAAGCCUGUGUGUUUGGAAAUGUCAGAUUGGUGGUACAUGACUGUCCUCUCUGGGAUAUUUUUGACAGUGACUGGUACACAUCUCGGAACCUUAUUGGAGAAGCAGAUAUCAUUGUGAUUAAAUACUCUGUAAAUGACAAGUCUUCAUUUCAAGAAGUAAAGGACAUUUAUGCACCACUGAUAAAAAAAGCAUUAAACCACUGUUCAAUUCCUGUCAUAAUUUCUGCUGUUGGUGCAAGACAAAACGAAGUUCCCUGCACUUGUCCUUUGUGCAUCUCAGACAGAGGGAGCUGUGUUACAGCUUCUGAAGGGAUUCAGCUUGCUAAAGAACUUGGAGCUACUUAUUUGGAACUGCACAGUCUCAAUGAUUUCUACAUAGGAAAAUAUUUUGGAGGAGUGCUGGAAUAUUUUAUGAUACAAAGCUUGAAUCAGAAAUCUUCUGAAAAAAUGAAGAAAAGGAAAAAAAGCCAUAAGUGCCAUGGAGUUAAGCCACCUCAACUUGAUCAGCCAGAAAAAAUGCCAAUUUUAAAAGGUGAAGCCUCGCAUUAUGACUCCGAUUUACAUAACCUGCUGUUCUGUUGCCAGUGUGCAGAUGUGGUAUUUUAUUCUGAAGACUUGAAGGAAGUAGCAGAAGCUCACAGGAUUGUUCUAUGCUCUGUUAGCCAUGUGUUCAUGUUACUCUUUAAUGUGAAGAGUCCAGCAGACAUUCAGGAUUCCUCCAUCAUUCGAACUGCCCAGACCCUCUUUGCAGCAAAUCGGCAAGCUGUGCUUCCUGUUUUAAACCACAACUCAUCAUGCAACUCACCAGUAAGAGUCAUUGUUAAAGACUCUUUCUUCUGUUCUUGUUUGUCAGACAUUCUGCACUUCAUUUACUCAGGUGCUUUCCAAUGGGAACUAUUAGAAGAACAUAUCAAAAAGAAGCUGAAGGAUCUUGGGAACGUUGAGCUUGUUCUUGAGAGAGUAAAAUGUAUCUUGAAAAUUCCAGGAAAGGUUAACAGUUCAAGAAAUUGCAGAUCAUAUUUGUCAAAAAGGCCCCUGCAGUUAUGUAACAGCUCUCUCAGGCUCUUCUUUAACACAACUGUAUUAGCUGAUGUCAUGUUCAAGAUACAAGGUGCUACAGUGCCCGCUCACAGAGCAGUCCUCGUGGCUCGCUGUGAGGUAAUGGCGGCUAUGUUCAACGGUAACUAUGCAGAAUCCAAUAGUUUUCUGGUUCCAGUUUAUGGCAUUUCCAAAGACACUUUCUUGUCCUUUCUAGAGUAUCUGUAUACGGACUCCUGUUGUCCAGCCAGCAUUCUGCAAGCUAUGUCGCUCUUGAUUUGUGCUGAGAUGUACCAGGUAUCAAGGCUCCAGCACAUCUGUGAGCUGUAUAUCAUCACACAGCUCCAGAGUAUGCCUAGUAGAGAAUUGGCAUCAACAAGCCUGAGUGUUGUCAGCUUGCUUCGGAAAGCAAAGUUUCACAACUCUGAUUGCCUUUCAAACUGGCUGCUUCAUUUUAUUGCUUCUAACUACUUAAUCUUCAGUCAAAAACCUGAAUUUGAAGACCUUUCGGUGGAAGAACGCAAUUUUGUCGAGAUGCAUAGAUGGCCUUCUAGUAUGUACCUGAAACAGCUUGCAGAGUACAGGAACUACAUUCAUUCUCGAAAAUGCCAUUGCGUAGUAAUGUAAACUGAAAGCUGAUCCAUCUUUAGUUAUGAAGAGAAGAAAGUCAAUUGCUUCAGGAAUCGUACAACUUCACAAGACUGAAAGCAAAUGCUGAGCUUACAUGCUGUGAAACUAUGAUCUAAUACUGCACUUGCUAAUGAAUAACUACUGUAUUUUUUUAAAAGCAUGUGAGACAAAAUUUAGAAAAGCAUAAGCAUUUAACCAGGAUGUUUCCCAAUUCUGCUGCUGGGUCUAAUUUCUUUGUAUAGAGAUAUCAAUUCAUGUCAUAUUAUUUCAGGUUUUUAGUGGAGUUUAGACUUAUUUAGAGCCUGGAAAUCAUGUCAGCCCAUGAUUGGGAUUUUAAGAGUCUGAAGGAGAUUCCAAAUUCAUUAAAUGUUUAUAGGUUCUCUUUGGAAACUGUAGAACCUAAUUUUGUUUGCUAGUUACUCUAAGGAUUUCUGUAAUUUAUUUUUGGGCCUUUUAAGAAUUUUGUAAAAACAUAGAGUAUUAUGUUUCUGCACUGGUAAUUAGAAAAAUGUACUUCCUGUUAGCAUCAUUAAAUUCCUAUGUUAUGGUGUAAAAUACA